AUGGCUACCGCCAUAUCCUCAAAUUUCCGAACCGUCACCUUAAAUGGGGACGAAGACGAGUCUUAUAACCCCCACUCUUCAGACUAUGAAGAAAACGAAUACUCUUAUUCUUAUUCUUCAGAAGAAGACCACGGAGACAAUGAAUACGAAAAAUCAGAAUCAGAAGAAGAAGGAGGAGAAGGAUCUUCAUCCUCUUCCUCCUCCUCCCCUCCAAAAAUCUUCACAAACGAACUUCCCCUCCCCCCCACCCCCACAGCUCUAACCUUCACCGAAGACGACUUAAUCCAACUCUCCCUCCUCCGCGACGAAGAAAUCGACCAAAUAAUCUCCUCCUCCCUCCUCCCCGAAUCCCAGCGAUUCGACCCAUCCCUCCACGAAUCCCUAACCUUCACCCACCCAGAACUAAUCCUAACCUUAACAACCGGCCCCCACUACCCCGUCCUCCCUUUAUCCUACACCCUCCAAAACCUCACCCUCCCCAGACUAAUAAUCGACAACCUCCGCGUAGAACUCCGCAAAAUCAUGGUUACAUUCUCAGAAAACGAAAGUAUAACCCGCUGGCUCACCCGCGAAGAUAACGAACAAAACUACGGAAUCUACGAACCAGAUAACAUAGCUUUAUCCCUCCUCAAAACCACAUCUUCCCAUCUAACCUCCUACCGCAAUUCCCUACAAUCCCUCCCCAUUUCCCCCUCAGCACCACUAAACAUAACCUCACAAUCCCUAAAAUCCCGUUCCCAAAUCCUUUCCUCAGAAUCAGGCAUAGACCUAACAACCUACGCCACCCCCCCAACAAUCCAAGACCUCCUCGGAAAAACAAUCCCCCAAAUCUGCGAAACAAUCCCCACAAACUACCGUAUCCUCCACGUCGAAAACGUCUUAAAACCACGUCUAUACUCCGACUUCCACACAAUCCAAUCCAACAUCCGUUCCCGCCUCCUAACCCUCCCAACUUCCUCCUUAAAAAAAGUAACCCCAAUAUCCCACCACCACCGUUCAAAAUCCUCAGGUAUAUUAGCAGACCGUCGCGAAAAGGAAUCCUACGCAACAUACCUAACAACCCCCAAAAUAACCUACCACGGCACCCCUCGCUCCAACAUCCCCUCAAUUAUAAAACACGGCUUUUUACGUCCAGGUGACAUAAACCCCUCCACAAACACCCCCCUCGAAAUCCGUUGCGGAAACACCUACGGUCGAGGAAUCUAUACCUCCCCUUCCCCUCAAUUCUCACUAAUGUACUCCGGCUUCGACGCAACUCCAACCCCCGCCACACAAUUUAGUGGUUUAAAACUCAUAGUCUGCGCAACAAUAAUGGGUCGUCCCGCAAAAGUCACAAGAGAAGAUAACUGGCGUGAACAAUCGAAACCAUACCCAAACGCCGAUAGUCAUGUUGCAAACAAUGAAUACGAAUAUAUAGUAUUCCAACCCAGACAGACGAUUCCGGUGUUAGUCAUUCAUUUGGAUUGGGGAAAAGAACAUUAUGAGGAAUUUGUGAAUAUUCCUACUAAUCCAUUAGAUUGGAUUUCACAGAUGGCAGCGAAGAGGAAGGAAAGAAAAAAUAAACAACGUUAUGAGGAUGAUGAAGAGAAUAAAACACUAUUUCCGGCGGAUAUAGUUAGAAGGAAACAGGCGUUGAUGGCUAGAGCUCUUAAGUGGUUUCCGUAUGGAUACGGUCCUGCGACUGGAACGAGAUUUGUGGUGGAGGCUGUGGCGGAGGUUAGUGAUGAUGAAGAAGAGUAUGGAGAGUAUCAGAAGGAUAAAGUCGAGGGUGUUGAGACUACAGGAAGUAAUUACUUUUGGGAAAUGCCUGAGGUUGAUGGCGUGGAUGAACGGUUUGAUGAGUUUUUUGAAGAGAGGAGGGCAAAGGCGGGGGAUGUUAUUGAGGGGGUUAAGGAGGGGAGUGGAGCUGAUGAUGAUGAUGAUUAG